AUGGGUGAAAUGGUACGAGAAGAGAUUUUGAAGAGAGUUAAACAAGCUGGUGUAUUUUCAAUAAUUAUUGACACAACUACUGAUGUCUCAAACUUGGAACAAUUUUCACUAGUCCUACGUUUUAUUAAUGAAGAAGGUCAAACUGAAGAGAGGCUUAUUGCUAUGAAAGUAGCUCAUGAUUCCACAGGAUUAGGAAUGUUCAAUGUUUUUAGUGAUAUCUGUAUUAAAUAUAAUAUCGAUUGGGAAACAAAUCUAUGUGCUCAAUCUUAUGAUGGAGCUGCAUCCAUGCAGGGAAAAUAUUCUGGUGUUCGAUCUUAUGUUCAAGAAAAAAACCCAAAUGCUAUAUACAUUUGGUGUUUUGCGCAUGUUUUAAAUUUAGUUGUUGUCGAUACUUGUGAUAAAUGUUUGAGUGUUAGAAAUUUCUUUGGAGAAGUCCAAAGUUUGAUCUCAUACAUGAGAGCAAGAAAACGAACAGCCAUAUUCUUAGAGCAACAAACUAAAUGCUAUCCUUCGGAAAGACCAUGUAGAAUAAAGAACUUCUCUACCACUCGUUGGACUUUGCAUGACCGUGCAUUAUCAGUAAUAAGUAAAAAAUACUUGGCCUUUCUAAAAACAUUAGAAGAGUUAAUUAACUCAACAGAUAGAGAAACCUCUUCAACUGCAUCAAAUCUUUACAGAAUAAUGACUUCAUUCCAAUUUAUUUUGAAUUUAUUUUUAUUAGAAAAUAUCUUUUCUCAUACUACUCCAUUAUCGAUUUAUUUGCAAUCUUCAUCUAUUGAUUUCAUCCAAGCAAUCACUAUGGUAGAUGUUUGUGCUAAAAAGUUAUCUGAUUUAAGAAAUCAACAGAGCUUUAACAAUUUAAUCAUAAAAACAAAAUCAUUUGUUAAUGAAAUUGGAUUAGUUGAAUGUGAGUUGCCAAGUAUACGUAGCCGCCGUAGGAAACUGUUGGCUGGAGAAGUUGUUUCUGAUGAAAUUAAAGGCAACUGGUGA